GGCGCAGGCGCAGUGGGGGCAGCGUCGGCAGUCAUCAUGUCGGAAAAGAAGCAGCCGGUGGACCUGGGGCUCUUGGAGGAGGACGACGAGUUCGAGGAGUUCCCGGCCGAAGACUGGGCUGGUUUAGAUGAAGACGAGGAUGCACAUGUUUGGGAAGAUAAUUGGGAUGAUGACAACGUGGAAGAUGACUUCUCCAAUCAGUUACGAGCUGAACUGGAGAAACACGGAUACAAGAUGGAGACCUCAUAGCAGCGCCCUGAGCCAGGGGAGAUGGAGGAGUGUUGGAUAGAACUGUCGGCAACACCUGGAGGAGAGGGAGGGAGGGAGGCGAAUAACAAUAAAUUGUUUGAUCCCACCUUGUGGUCCUCUGUUCAGGAGGUGGUGUUUCCACAUCAUCAGUGGUUUGCCAUUCCGUAUGGCCAGCAUUCUUCUCACGCUCUAAGGUUUGGGAAAUUAAAUUUUAAACUAGAGGGAUUUUCCUUUGGCAUAAGACUUUAGAAACCAACUUCUCUAGAGCCUGAUGGGUUUGUUUGUUUUUUUUUAAACCAAGGGGCCUUUCCCCAAUUUAGGUGUGGGGAUUUAUUCAGUAAGCCAUAUUAAAAAUGCUUUCAAGUUUUUGA